AUGACAAGUGUUGGUACUACCCUUAUUGUUAAACCUGCUAACAAUAGUGGUGGAAGUGAUGGUAAUAUAAAAAAUAAUAAUAAUAAUAAUAAUAAUAAUAAUAAUAAUAAUAAUAAUAAUAAUAAUAGUAAUAGUGGAAAUAAUAGUAAUAAUAAUAGUUUUAUAGAUGAUCAAGUAUUGCACACUGGAUAUCUUACCAAACAAGGUGGAAGAAUUCAAAAUUGGAAAAUUAGGUGGUUUGUUUUAAAAAGAGGAACAUUAUCAUAUUAUUUAUCACCAAUUAAUUGGGAAUAUACAAAGCCAAGAGGUGUAAUUUAUUUAACUAAAAAAACAGAAUUAAAAGAAGUUGAUCAUAGAAAUCGUAGACAUUGUUUUGCAGUUAAUCCAAAUUAUAUAUCAGAGAAUCAAUCAAUUAUACAACAACAACAAAAUCAACCAAUAUUAAGAUCAUCAUCUGAUUCAGUUAAUAAUAAUAAUAAUAAUAAUAAUAAUAAUAAUAAUAAUAAUAAUAAUAAUAAUAAUAAUAAUAAUAAUAAUAAUAAUAAUAAUAAUAAUAAUAAUAAUAAUAAUAAUAAUAAUAAUAAUAAUAAUAAUAAUAAUAAUAAUAAUAAUAAUAGUAAAUUAUAUCCAAAUUCAACUAGAAUUUAUUUAAUAUCAGCACAAACUGUAUUUGAUAAAUCAAAAUGGAUUGAAAUGAUAAAAUUAGCAAUUAGUAGUGAUAAUUCACAAGAUAGUAAAUUAAAGAGAGCAAAUCAUCAAUUGGAAAAAGUUAAAGAUUUAGUAUUUAGUAAUAGAAAAGGAUCAAUUCCAACAUUUCCAUCAUUAUUAAAUAGAACCAUUGCAACAGAGUCUUUAAAUGAUUUAAUUAAAGUUCAUCUAUCAAAGAAAAGAUUUUAUUUUUAUCAUGAUAAUUUAACAUUACCUGCAUUAUCAUACAUUGAUUCUGAAUCACCCGUUAAUUUACAAGAGAUUCAUCAUCAACAUUUAAUUUUACUUCAACAACAAAAAGAAGAAUUAAAUAAAAAAUUAAAGAAAAUUCAACAACAAAAUAAUAUUGGAGGUGGUGGUAGUGGUAGUAAUAUAGCAAAUUCUGCUAAUAAAAUAAAUAAUAAAAACAAUGAUAAAAUUAAUGGUGUUGGCAGUGGUGAAGAUAAAAAUAAUAAUAAAGGCGGUGGUGGUGAUAAUAAUUCACAAUCAUCAUCAUCAUCAGUUUCUCCAACUACUGUAUCACCAUCAGUUUCUCCUUUAUCAAGUUCACCAACAAAACCACCAAUUAUUUUAAGUAAGAAACCUUUACCAACACCACCAAGAAAUAUUAGUACAAGUGAUAAUGGUAGUGGAACUGAUUCACCUUUUUAUAAUUCUGCUAUAACAAGAUUACCAUUAAUUUCAACAAGUGUUGGUAUGGUUGGUCCUAAUGGUAUGGUUAAUAUAACAUCAAUGAAUACUACAACUACAACAACUACGACAACUACAACAACAGCACCAACAACUACAAAUACAAAUACAAAUAUUAAACCAUUACCAGGAAUACAACAAAAUAAAUUACAAUUAAUUCAAAAUAAAGAUGGUGGUGGUGGUGGUGGAGGAGUUUUAAAGAGAACAAAUCCAUUAUUAUCAACAUCAGCACCAUCAAUGGCAUAUAACCAAUUAGUUGCCAAUAGUGGUAUAAUUCAUAAACAUCAACCAAAGAUUGUUGUAUUUCAUUUGGUUAGAGAUUCAUUUCAAAUUUCAAAUAUUGGUGGGUGUUCAUUCAAUUUUGAGAUUUUAUCACCUUUUGAUCCAAAUUUCACAUUAAAUUUCAUACCAUCAAGUGGAACCAUUCAAAAAGGUGAUUCAUUAACUGUUUUAGUAGAGUUAAUGGCAUAUAAUCAUAUAGAGACCGAUAUCUAUAGUACAUUACAUAUUAUUGGUGGUAUGGAAUUUACAUUAUUUUGUAGGAUUGAAACUGAUCCUUAUCUUCCACUCUUUUUAAAAUCUUGUGCCGGUAGUGUACUUCCACUAGAGAAACAAAUGAAAAUGGAAAGUUUUAUGAAAAAAAAUCCAACCAUGGUAAAAUCAAUUCAAGAAUUAGCUCAUACAUUAAUUUUAGAUGGUAGAAAUAUAAUACCACUUCAUUUAUCAAAUAAUAUAAAUAUAAAUAAUAAUAAUAAUAAUGGUGGUGGUGGUAGUGGUUAUAAUAUAGGAGGUGGUAGUAAUAAUAGUAUUGGUGGUAGUGGUAGCAAUAAUAAUAGUAAUGUAAAUAUAAGUAAUGGUUGGAAUAUUGAAAAUUCAAAUAGGAGAAAUAGUGGAGGUUGUUUAAAUUUAGUAGGGGGUAGUGGUGGUGGUGGUCUUAUAAAUAAUAAUAUUAAUAAUAAUAAUAAUAAUAAUAAUAAUAAUAAUAAUAAUAAUAAUAAUAAUAAUAAUAAUAAUAAUAAUAAUAAUAAUAAUAAUAAUAAUAAUAAUAAUAAUAAUAAUAAUAAUAAUAAUAAUAAUAAUAAUAAUAAUAAUAAUAAUGGAAGUGGAUUAUUAUCUUCAUCACCAUUAAUUACAAUUUCAAAUCAAAAUACACCAACACCUCAAGCAAGAGUAAAACUAAGUAAAUAUAUAUUAAAUUUUCAACGUAAUCAAAAAAAGAAUUCAGUUGGUGAUGUUGAGAGUGUGAAAAUUUAUCAAUUAUUAACUGAUAAAUUCUUAAUAUCAAAUUCGGGUUCAGCAGAUGCAUCUUUUCAAUUUCAUUUUCCAUCACGUGGUAAAAAGAAUGAUUUAUUUAGUUUAUCAUUAGUACCAACCAAUGGUACAGUAUCAAAAGGUGAAUGGUUUUAUAUUAAAUCGACAUUGACAGUAUUUGUUGAAACUGAAAUAUCAGAGAUGAUUCAAUUAAUUAUUAAUCAAAGAGAGGUACAUCAUAUAUUGAUCACUGUGAAAUGUGAAAAUAUUCAUCCAGGUAAUAAAGAGAUUGAUUUAGAGAAAGAAGUGGUUUUACAUGAACGAUUAGGUACAGGUGCAACUGGUGAUAUUUAUCGUGGUUUAAUUUCUCAAGAUAAUUUAAAUCGUCAUAUUAGUAAUCAAGAUAGUAGUGGUAGUAAUAGUAGUGGUAGUGGUAGUGGUCAUAAUUGGUUAAUAGCAAGAAAUCCAUCAAAUGAUAUAAUCAAUAAGGAUGCAAUUAUUGGUAGUGGACCACAAAUUAUUGUAGCAGUAAAGAAAUUACAUCCAUUGGCAGAUCCAUCACCAGAGAUGAUUCAAGAUUUCUAUAAUGAAGUUAGAGUAUUGAGUAUGUUUAAUCAUCCAAAUGUUGUGAAAUAUGUUGGUGGUUGUACAAAGAUAGCAAAUUGGUCAAUUGUUAUGGAAUAUGUACCAGGUGGUAAUUUAAUGGAUGUCUUGGCAAAUCCUGUAUUGGUUAUACCAUAUAAAUUGGUAUUACGUAUGGCAUUGGAUAUUGCAAAGGGUUUACAUUAUUUACACUCAUUGGGUAUACUACAUUUAGAUAUGAAAUCACCAAAUCUAUUGGUAUCAUCCCUAUCAACAAGUGCAAAGGUUAAUAUAAAGGUAGCAGAUUUCAAUACAUGUAUCAAUAGGAGUAGAAUCACUGCAGGUUUUUUCAAUAGACAUACAGGUAGUGGUGAUAAUAAUAAAGUUGAAAAAGACUCAAAAAAAGGUACAACACUUUGGAUGGCACCCGAAGUAAUUAGAGGUGCUAUGUAUUCAGAGAAAUGUGAUGUUUAUUCAUUUGCAAUUAUUAUGUGGGAAAUGGUAACAAGAAAACUACCUUACUCUCAUAUAGCUUUCAAUUGUGAAGUUGAAGAUCAAGUACUCAAAGGAUUACGUCCACCAAUUCCAAUGCAUUGUAAUAAAAACUACACUGAUCUUAUGGAACAAUGUUGGGAUGAUGAUCCUGAAAAUAGACCUUAUUUCGAUACCAUCAUUCAUAGUAUUAGUAAAAUGAUUGAAUCAAAUGAUAUCACUGAACAAAAAGCAAAAGCAUCUUUCAAAGGUUUACGUCGUACUCAAUCAAAUAGUACUUUAAAUUUAUUACAAGUUCAAAAUAAUAAUAAUAAUAGCAAUAACAAUAACAAUAACAAUAAUAAUAAUAAUAAUAAUAAUAGUAAUAGUAAUUUAAAUAAUUGUAAUAAUAGUAGUCCAAAUCUUGGUACAAAUAGUGCUAAUAAUGAUAGUGGUGUUUCAGUACUUCAAACUUGUAGUGAUAUAGGUGUUGGUAGUACUGGUACAAAUAGUGGUACAAGUGGUACAAAUAGUGGUUUUGAUUCACCAGUUAUAGUUACAAAAGAUUAUCAUUUAAUUUCAAAUUUACAAAAAUUGGAUUUACAUUCAAACGAUGGUAGUGAUACAAAUGGUAGUCAAAUUGGCUUUAAAAGUGAUAUCAAUUCGAAAAAGAGUUCACUUGAAGUUCAUUCAAAACAUAAAUCUAAAAGAUUUAGUUAUGAUGGUGGUUCAAGUAGAGCAUCAAUUAACACAUUAAAUAAUGAUAGUAAUUUACCAUUCAAAUUUUCACCACCUUCAACUCCACAAAGUUCUUUUCUUCAAUUAAAGAAAUUGGAUAAAGAAUUAAAAUCAAAUUUAGAAUCUAAUGCUGGAACAAAACAUUCUUUUAUAAGAUAUAAACCAUCUUUUACAAAUGUUACUUCUGCAAAAUCAAAACUUAAUUUAAAUAAUAAUAAUAAUAAUUAA